AUGCCGCGGAAACCGUCCGCGACGGAGGCGCCCGCGGACGGCGGUGUCGUCGCCGUCGUCCAGGCGCACCCCCGCCCCGACGCGGUGACGGCGUUCCAGAGCGCGCUGCAGGUGCGGCGCGUCGCGGAGGUGGCGCUCCCCGCCACCGCCGCCGCCGCCACCACCAGCACCACGGCGGCGGCGGACGACGUCCUGCAGCUGCGCUUCCCCAUGCCGCCGCGCUUUCAGCGGGACUCCGUGCAGGUGCGCUUUGACGAGCACACCGCCGCCCACGUCGUGCUGCGCGGGGUCCUCUUUGAGUCCACCCCCGCGGCGGAAGACGCGGCGGCCGCGCGGCAGCAGCGGCAGCGGGAAGGGGAGAAGGUCAAGGCGCAGAUCCGCGAGGUCGAGCGGCGGCUGGAGCUCAAUCGACUCGAGCAGCAGGCGGUGAACGAUGAGGCGGACCUGCGCAGCCGCCUCUUCGCGCGUGUCUGCGGCCCCGUGACGGACGGCCUGCAGGCGGCGCUCGAGGUGGACUUCUGGGAGGCGCAGCUGGCGGAGUUGGAGGCGUCCACCGCAACCGCCUCGACGGAGCGGCGGCGGCUGCAAAAGGCCGCGAGCGACCUGCAGGCGGAGCUGGACCGUCUGCGGCAGCUCCUCUUCGAGGUGGGCCGCUCGUGUGACUCCCCCGACACCGACUCCGCCCCGGGCGACGAGGAGACCACCGCAUGCAUCUUGCUGAGGGUCGCCGAGGCGCUGCCGCGCGCGGUGGUGUACGUGUCCUACGUCUCCUACGGCGCCUCCUGGCGCGCCGAGUACGAGGUGGGGCUCGACAGCCAGCGGCAGUCGGUGACGCUGCGCUACAACGCCGUGGUGCAGGCCGACGCGGAGGAACUGCAGGACGUCGCCCUCACGCUCUCCUCCGCCGCCCCGCGCCGCGGCGCCGCGGAGCCGCGGCUGACGCCGUGGCGGCUUGCACCCGCGCCGGAGAAAAAGGCGCACCCCGAGAUGCUGCUGUUUUCUUUGGCGUGCGCCGUCGACGACGGGGACGCGGCGGAGAUCGAGACGGCCGCGGUCUCUGAGACGACGGGGAUGGUGAACUUCGCCGUGCCGUCGCGCCACACGCUGCCGCGGGGCGGGGCGGAGCUCCGGGUGCCGCUCACCGUCCUGCAGUGGAAGGCGGCGGUGUCGUACGUGACGGUGCCCGCCGCCGCCGAGUCCGUCUUUGCCAAGGCGGUCUGCACCAACGCGAGCGACUACGCGCUGCUCCCGGGCGAGGCCGCCGUCACGCUCAACGGCGACUUUGUCGCGAACGCCUUCGUCGAACGCACCGCCCCUGGCGCGCAGCUCAGCCUGCACUUCGGCGUCGACAGCACGAUCGAGGUCCGCCGCCAGCUUCGGCAGCAGCUCACCACGAACGUAAAGGCAAACCUCUUCGGACGCGAGGCGCAGCAGCGGCAGCUCUUCGCCUACGCCACGACCCUGACAAACCGGAAGCGGCAGGAGACCGUCACCGUCACGCUGCGGGAGCGCCUCCCGAAGUCGAACGAGCAGAAGCUCACCGUUCGCCUGCUACAGCCGAAGGACUACGCGACGAGCGCCGCCGACGACGACGGCAACGACGAACGCCGCCGCCGCCUGGAGGUGGACGGGGUGGUGGAGAUGGAGCUGACACUGCGGCCCGACGAGAGCGUCGAGGUGCCGUUCGCCUUUGAAGUUGAGUCCCCCGCAGGCGCGCGAGUCUUUGGCCUGUGA